AUGGAUCCCAACCUUCUCGAGGCCUGCGAGGAGCUUGUAAAGAACGUCGCGCUGCUGAAAACGGAUGAUAACGACGCGAACGCGCAUGGUAUUAGUGUUGAUAAUUGCGAUGCUUUGCUGCCCGCCCAGGAUGAGUGCAAGGCUAUAGCACAAACCCAUAAGGGUAGAUACCUGAUGCGACUUGGGGCCGGGGUGCCUAGCGCUGCGGAGAUCCAAGAAAUAGCAGGGCUCGAUGCACCUCCUGUUGUCUACUAUGCCGAAGAAGAGGAGGACUCGGACGAUGAUAACGAAUCCUACGAUGAUAGAUCUGACGACGGCAAGGCGACUACCGCAACUUUCUGUAUCGUAGAUAGCCGCACCAAGAAUGCUAUCCUUAAUAUUGGGUUCCGCCCUUUCUUCAUCCGGCACACCGACUCGGCCGCAAAAGAGCUCAGCGCUCACUCGCGUCACCCUACACUUGGUGUUCCUGACGCCACCCUGCCGCAGUUCCGCCUCGACGACGACAACCUCAACCAUUCUACUCUCCCGGCUCAGGACGAGUACCCCGUCAUAUACUUCUUCUACGGCAGGCUGUGCGAGCCCGACGUUCUCACAAGGCUCUUGCGGCUUGACGAACCUCCUGUGUUUUAUCCUGCCAACGUGACGGGAGGCCGUCUCACGAAAACGCCUGGCGGGCGGUACAACGCGCUUGUGCAUGGCCGGAGCGGCGAGACUGUGCAGGGGUGUUCGUAUAUGGUCAAGAGCCGUACGGAAGAAGAUGCUCUUCGAGACUACGAGACCGAAAUGUACGAGGUCGUUCGUUGUCUUAUCAACUUUGAAAAAAAGGGACAGAUGAAGACCGUCCGUGGCUUGACCUUCUUGUACUGUGGGGGCCUAGACUGCUGA